CAGUCUUUGGUUUGUUGAACUUUCCUCUUUUUAUGUCAAUUUUGGCGUGAGUGUGGCCUGUGUUUGUGAAUAACUUGUUAAGAGCCAUUCAAAAAAGAAAUGGGUUUCCAAAACAUCUGGUACUCACAUCCACGUAAAUAUGGACAAGGUUCGAGAUCCUGCCGAGCGUGUUCAAACAGGCAUGGACUGAUCCGUAAAUACGGCUUAAAUCUUUGCCGUCAAUGCUUUAGAGAAUAUGCCGCAGACAUUGGGUUUAAAAAGCUUGAUUAAAGUCAUCAAAGACAUGUAAUAUUCAUGUGUAAGGAACCUUUUGUUAAAUAAUUUUAAAUAUAAUAAAGCAUUUCCAUCAUGG